GAAAUUUUAAGCGAGAAGCAUUGCUGGUGGAUAUAAAGAGAUCCUGAUACACCGUAAUUCUCAGUUAUGUAUUUCUUGUGGUUGGUGAGUGCUAACUAGAGGCAACCUUCAGCGUCAUGAGGCCUUGUUUUAUGCUAGAACUGACAUCCUUCUCGAUCAUCCUUUUGACAACGUCCGUGCACGGACUCUUCUUCCAUUACCCAAAAAAUGCCCUGAUUGACUUUUUUCAAUCUUUCCAUCAGAAAAAAGAGGCAAAGAAAAUGCCACAAGACAUUCAUCACUAUCACAUGCAUUAUUAUCCAACAUAUGUGCACGAUUUAGACAAACCCAUCAAGGCACCAGUUCAAUUUGAUCUUGACAAAUUGCAUAGUAACCAGUUGGAAUCACUUGGCUGGGGUGAUGAUGAAUUUAAGCACGUUCCUGAACCCGAAAUUUAUGAAACGUCCCAUCAAGAUUCUUGGCCAGCAAAAUCACAUAUUCGGUCAUCGCUCUGGGAUGCUGAACUUCCUAUAGACAAGCCUCAGCAUACGGUAGUAGAACCAGAAAUGCCAAAGGCGGGUCUGAUCGUACAAGUUCCAAUACAGCAGAAGAUAGUUGUCCAAAACCCACCACCGGAUGAGAAGACUUCGACGAAUUCUCUAAUAUCGUUUCUUCAAGGCAUUAUAAGAAUAAAAAACUCACUUUUUAGGCCUUCCGAGGCAAAAAAUAAAGCAGAUCCUUCGUUUGGAAGCCCGGAAGAAAGAAUUAGGGGAUACUUCAUGUAUUUGCAACCAGAAUUCGGUCGAAAAAUAUAACUUAUUCGAAUCAUUUUGUUCGAUUUUACAAGAAUAUUCAAUAAUUAGGUAAGUAUCGAUGAACUUUGAAAAAAAAACAUGUUGGUUGUUACUGCAAUCCCAUCUGUACUCUAUCUACUUUUCAUAAAAGACCUCUAAACACGCCAUUGCAAAUUCAUAUAGCGUUAUUUUAUAUCGCCCAUGUUUACGAUAAGUAAAAAAUGGUAUGUUUUAGUUCGAUAAGUGAAGAAAUAUUUGCGUAUGAGAAUACGAUUUUGCGAACAGAAGACACGUGGGCAAAGUAGAGAUUUAUCGCUUUGCCGCUCACGAAAAAUGUACAUGUGGACACAUGCGUUUAUGUAUAUUAUGGAUAGAGAGAAUACGACAUAAAUACUGUGUGCAUAGAAUUAUUUAAGAGGCUCUAAAAUUUUUAUAGGGCGGAUGAAGUAUCACCAGUGUCCGUGGUAUACCGGAUAUAACUACUGAAUAUACCGUAUGAAAAAAGUUACUGCGGCACUAGAGCACGAUAUACUGCAACUAUUUUUCCAGCACUAUUCCAUGUGUACAAAAGUUCCUUGAAGCAAUAUCUUCAAUACUACGAUUUGUUCAUGAGCAGGAUCUGCUUCAUUUAAUUAGCUACGAAAAAAAUUGAUGAAAAUGUAGAGGAAGCGAAUCUAAUUUCGAAUACAAAAUAAUGAACAUAACGCUAUCCCGAAUUAGCUACACUCACUCUAUGUUACGUAAAUUGGAACUGAAUAAACCGUAGACACGUAAACUUGCUGAACGUGCUAUUAAAUAUAAA